CCCGCUCGCCGUCAGCCGCGGGCGGAGGGGGCGCGGCCCGGAGCCCCCGCGGUCGGCGCUGUGCCCGGGGGCGCACACCUGUCCCAGCAUGAAGGUGACUGUGUGCUUCGGCAGGACGGGCAUCGUGGUGCCCUGCAAGGAGGGCCAGCUGCGCGUCCGGGAGCUCACGCAGCAGGCGCUGCAGCGGUACCUGAAGACCCGGGAGCAGGAUCCUGGCUACUGGGUGAAGAUUCAUCACUUAGAAUACACAGAUGGAGGGAUCCUGGAUCCAGAUGAUGUUUUGGCAGAUGUUGUGGAAGACAAAGAUAAGCUGAUUGCUGUGUUUGAUGAACAAGAACCACUCCACAAGAUGGAGAGCCCCAGUGGAAACUCUGCAGGUCGGCAGAGCCCAGAUGCCUUUGAGACGGAAGUGGCUGCCCAGUUGGCUGCAUUUAAACCAAUUGGUGGGGAAAUUGAAGUAACCCCUUCUGCUCUGAAAUUAGGCACUCCACUGCUGGUGAGGAGAAGCAGUGACCCAGCGCCAGGCCCACCUGCUGAUGCCCAGCCAAGUGCUUCACACCCCAGUGGCCAGAGUCUGAAACCUGUUAUUCUAGAUUCCACACAGAACUUAGAAGAUGGAGAAGUUAUGAAUGGUGUACAGCCAGAGCCACCGACAUCGCCGAAAACCAAGGAUGCACUGAGUGAUAUGACAAAAACAGUGGAGAUUUCUGGGGAAGGAGGCCCCUUAGGAAUACAUGUAGUACCCUUCUUUUCAUCUCUGAGUGGAAGGAUCCUAGGACUCUUCAUCCGCGGCAUUGAAGAAAACAGCAGGUCCAAGCGGGAGGGACUGUUUCAUGAAAAUGAAUGUAUCGUAAAAAUCAACAAUGUGGACCUCGUAGACAAAACUUUUGCUCAGGCUCAAGAUGUCUUUCGUCAGGCGAUGAAAUCUCCAAAUGUGCUCCUCCAUGUGCUUCUACCGCAAAACCGUGAACAGUAUGAAAAAUCAGUCAUUGGGCCACUUAACAUUUUUGGUAACAAUGAUGGCGUUUUGAGAACAAAGCUGCCGCCUCCGGUCCAUGGAAUAUCAGCAACAAAAACUGUAAAUCUCACAGGAACAGGUAGUCCUGAAGAGGAUGCAUUGACUUCUUUGCAACAAAGCAAGAGCCCCCGAGUACCAAGACAGGGUAGGAAGCCAUCCUCUCCUUCACUCUCCCCUCUCAUGGGAUUUGGCAGCAAGAAAAAUGCAAAGAAAAUUAAGAUUGACCUAAAGAAAGGCCCUGAAGGACUGGGUUUCACAGUUGUCACCAGAGACUCUUCCAUACACGGGCCUGGUCCCAUUUUUGUAAAAAACAUUUUACCAAAGGGAGCAGCAAUAAAAGAUGGCCGCCUGCAAUCAGGGGACCGAAUUUUGGAGGUAAAUGGCAGAGAUGUCACGGGGCGAACUCAGGAAGAGCUCGUGGCCAUGCUGAGGAGCACCAAGCAAGGAGAGACAGCAUCACUGGUCAUCGCCCGUCAAGAAGGAACUUUUCUUCCCCGAGAGCUGAAAGGAGAACCUGACUGCUAUGCACUCUCCUUGGAAACAACCGAGCAACUCACAUUCGAGAUCCCCCUGAAUGACUCAGGUUCUGCUGGUCUUGGUGUGAGCUUAAAAGGGAACAAGUCUCGAGAAUCUGGAACAGACUUGGGAAUCUUUAUCAAAUCCAUCAUCCACGGAGGUGCUGCUUUUAAGGAUGGUCGUCUACGGAUGAAUGACCAGCUGAUUGCUGUUAAUGGGGAAUCUCUUUUGGGAAAGUCCAACCAUGAAGCUAUGGAGACACUGAGGCGAUCAAUGUCCAUGGAAGGAAACAUUCGAGGGAUGAUCCAAUUGGUGAUUCUGCGGAGACCAGAGAGACCACUGGAGGAGCCUACAGAGUGUGGGACAUUUUCUAAGCCAUGCUUUGAGAAUUUGUCUCAAACCACAAUAGCCACCUCCAGGAGAAAUGAUCAUAGCUCAUUGCAUCCAUUUGGUGCUUACAGUUCACAAGACAAACAGAAAGAGCUAUUGCUUCCCAGUGACGGAUGGGCCGAGAGUGAGGUCCCACCUUCUCCACCACCACAUCCCAUUCUGGAAUUGGGCACUGAAGAUUACAGCCACAGCUCUGGGGUGGAUUCGGCAGUAUAUUUUCCAGAUCAGCACAUCCACUUCAGAUCUGUGACACCGGCCAGGCAGCCCGAAUCAAUGAAUCUGAAAGCCUCAAAGAGCAUGGACCUUGAAUCUCCAAGCAAAGAUUUCGGUCCAACUCUGGGUUUGAAAAAGUCCAGUUCCUUGGAGAGCCUCCAGACUGCGGUGGCUGAGGUUAGGAAGAACGAGCUGCCCUUCCACCGGCCCCGACCGCACAUGGUUCGAGGCCGGGGCUGCAACGAGAGUUUCCGAGCAGCCAUCGACAAGUCCUACGACGGGCCGGAAGAGCUAGAAGCUGACGGUCUGUCUGAUAAGAGCUCCGUCUCGGGCCAGGGAGCUCGGCACUGCGAGUCUGCCCCUCCGGGGAGCUGCGAGCAGGAGGACGUGGCAAGUAAAGCCAGCAAAAUCAAAAAACCAAAAGAGAAGGAGAAGAAGAAGAAGGAGAAGAGCAAAUUGAAAGCCAAGGAGAAAAAGCUGAAAGAGGACAAUGAAGACCCAGAGAGGAAAAUCAAGAAAAAAGGAUUCGGUGCUAUGCUGAGAUUUGGAAAGAAGAAAGAUGACAGGGGUGGCAAGGCUGAGCAGAAGGGUACUCUGAAGCAUGGCGGCCUGAGGGAAGAAGAGCUGGAAAAAAUGAAAGAAGAACGUGAAAGGAUUGGAGCAAAACAUCAGGAACUAAGGGAAAAGCAGGCGAGAGGUCUCAUUGAUUAUGCUACUGGUGCAAUUGGAUCACUGCACGAUAUGGAUGAUGAUGAAAUGGACCCCAACUAUGCCAGAGUGAACCACUUCCGGGAACCAUGUGCCUCCCCAAGUGUCUAUAGGUCACCAUCUCCACCUCGGGCUGGACCACUGGCUUACCAUCGGGAUGGCCGUCCACUGUCUCCAGAGAGGGACCACUUAGAGGGUCUCUAUGCCAAGGUCAACAAACCAUAUCAUCCACCAGUCCCAGUUGACAGUGGCCGUCCUACAAAUGGAAGCACUGACCGCAUCCAGAAGUUACGAAAAGAAUAUUAUCAGGCCCGGAGGGAAGGAUUCACCUUAUAUGAAGACGAUGAGGGAAGAGCAAGACUAGAUUAUGACCUCCACUGGGUGUCUGGAAAGGGUCCAGAUGGGACUGCACACAAUGUCCGCUUUGAGGGGAUGGAGAGACAGUACGCAUCCUUACCCAGGGGAGGACCAGCCGAUCCUAUAGACUAUCUGACGGCAGCACCUCGAGGGCUCUACAAGGAAAGGGAGCUUCCAUAUUACCCUGGGGCUCAUCCCGUGCACCCUCCCAAAGGGAGCUACCUCCGUCCCCCGGAUCUGAGGGUUGCAGACCUCCGGUAUCCUCAGUAUUACCCUCCUCCGCCAGCCCCCCAGCCUAAAGGACCCUUCCGACAAGAUGUUCCACCUUCCCCUCCUCAGCACCACAGAGUGGCCUACCAGGAAAUGGGUAGACCAGGGCCCCGAGGGGGCAGCCCAGACCAGUACCCCUACCGCGCCCAGGAUCCCAGGCAGAAGAACCCCAUGACUGCAGCCGUGUAGCUGAAUACCACCGAGCUCAGCCCAGCCCAGAAGGGCGACAUCUGACAUCACCUUCGCCCUCCCUAGACUCUUAAGGCCUUCCUCCUGUCCAGAAGUCUCCAUGGUACAGAUAGGUUUUGCUCACCGAGGUUGCAACACUUGACUGCUGACCAGAGGGGAAAAGGAGAGGACAGGAGGGUGGGAGAGAAAGGACAGGAGUCACAAAGACAGCACUGCCUGGGAUUUGAAAUAUGUUUAGAAUCUCUCAGUUGAGGGCAAGUGGCAGUUGAGCAGGCAAAUACCAAUGGAGACAUAGCACACGGGGCCUCCCUGGCGUACAUGAGCCGCACAGAAUGGGCAACACGGAGGCAGUCUCAGAGGCUCAGCCUCAGCCCCCUUAUUAAAGUUAAGUCUGAAGCGUGGCUGCAAAUAUGGGCGUCUUCAAUGAGGAGGGUUUUUUUUUUUUUCAUUGAGAAAACAAAAUAACAGCAAACAUGACUUGUGAUCUCCUUGAAAUGUUUAUACCCAGAGGAAGACUGCAUUUCUCUCUUUGCAGAAUUUCCCAGGCUCCCAGUACCACUUGUUUGGUUAUGAGUAUCUUAGAUUUCCUUGCUUUUUAUAUUUAAAAGAAAAUCAGAUAUGAAUGCAGUAUUAGUGUCCUGGGAGAAUGUGCAAAACUAGUCAGAGCUUCCAGAAGGAAUAUAUUCUGAGGGCCAGGUUGAGAGGGCCAAAACUCCCGUGGUCCUCCUCCCCAAGUUCCAGGCAUGAUAACACAGAGAUAUCCAACUUCAUAAUCCUCCCCAAAUCUCCUGCCUGUAAUUACUGUAACUGGAGCCUCUACUUUAAGGCUCCCACUUGAGGGCUAAAAUGUAAUUGGGAAAGAGAGGGCCCCACUGGUUAGGUCGCACAGGAAGUGAUGCCCUGGAGAUGUCAAUUCAUUGCACAAUCAGUGCCAAAUAGUGCCAUCUGCACCUGGGGACAGGGAAGGGCUGAUGUGGCCAUUGGGCGUGAUAACCAGGAGGUAGUAGAUGGCAGUGACUGUGUGUGUGUGUAUGUGUGUGUGUGUGUGUGAAGGCACGUGAGUUACCAGUAUGGAGAAUGUGAGAUAAAAAUGCUUCCUGAAAAGUUUGAUGAGGAAGGAAAUAAAAAGGAAAAAAAAUCAGAAGGGAAAGGAAAAGAGUUAUAAAAUGUGAUCAUGAUCUGUCUGCUGUAUUUCAGUAACAAAAAUCAGGGCAUCUCCAAUUGGGAAUAGAAAGUCUUAACGGCUCUGAAAAGCUGACACCCCACCCUCCAAAACCCAUCACAUCCCCUUUGAGUUUUGCAGGGAUUUUCUACUUACUCCAGUAGGACUUCUGACACUUCCAACCUGACCCAAGUGAGGACACAACAAAAGCCUGAGACGCAGCAAAACUCAGGAGCAGCAGCGUGAAUUGUUCACAGUGACGCUCAAGAGACUUUAAGUCUCUGCCACUCCUUCUCCAUUCCCUCCAAAAAAAAAAGUCUUAAGUUCAAUUUAGACACAUUUUGCCUGAGAUUAGAAUACCUCUGACUGACAGGGUUUAAUAAAUUAUAAUAUUAUUGAAUAUAUGGAAUAUCCAAUCCCAUUUAGUCUUUUUAGUUUUUUAAUUUAAAAUAAGAGUUCUGUUUCCAGGAAUGAAGCAGCCGCUGGUUGUAGACAUAAACAGUGUCAUUUACUGGACUUUCAGAGGUAUCAUUUUCUAAACCACGGUUUACUGAUGGCCAUCUUAAAAAUAGACUGUCAAGCUGGUUUGGGCCACCUGCCACUUCUCUCAAGCUGGCACCCGACCCCGUUUGCAGUCCGUGUGAGGACACGGAGGGUCUCGAGCCCUGGACACCUAGAGGUCACGUCCAGGUGAGCUGCAGGGCUUCUCCACCAGCAUGCUGAAGGACAUUUUCCCCUCAAACUAAAUGAACUUCCAGGAAGAAAAUGACAAAGCGAGGGCCGUGCAACGUGUUUAGGAGCACUAAAAAUCAGCUCUUCAGUGGGUCUCAUAGUUUAACCAGAUUUCUCUAGGCUGUUGAACGUAGCGGAGCCAGAAGUCUCCUUCUGGGUCAAGGCCAAGGCUGCACGAGGGGCAGCCAGAGGCGGUAGGAGAAGCUGAGAUUUGGUGCAUACUGGAGGCACAGCCCUCGUUGGAAGCAUGCCCAUGUUUUCACCACGUCGCCACCUUGGGAGCACCGUACCUCCAGCUUACGGGCUCAGGACAUGCUGCUCCAAACAUGGUUUUGUGUUGUCUACACAGUCAAUAGAACACUGGCUAAUCCCGAGGGGGCAGCCAGAGAUGCAAAGGUACUAUUAACAUAGGCCAAAAAUAGAGCAGUUUCCUUUUCUUGCUUGAAGUGUAACACGUGCCCUAUUUGACCCUGCCCCGAAGAAGCUAACGUGUGUGGUGUGACAGAGGCUCUGCAAGCCAAGCCACAAUUAAGAACAGCUCGAAUGUAAGCUCUAUAAAUGCCCGUGUACCAACCCGCCACUUGUCACCGCAGAGCUCUUUCCCAGUAUCUAAGAGAACAUGUUGUUUAGAGUAUUCAGAAGACCAGGCUGUAAUCAGUAGGUGCCCAGUAGCAGGAAAUAGCCCCCGGUUUGUUUUUGGCCCUGGAAAGACUCAAUCAGGUGUCUGCUGGCUGCUCCGAAUACUCCUAACCCCUCAGGGACAGAGUGGCACGGUGAGCGGCAAACCCACCAACACACACCCACCUGCUCCCCAUCUGACUGCUGGGUUGCUGAGGCCUCGAAAUGAUGUUUGGGCCUCCAGUCACUAGCUAUUUUAAGGAGCUCUGUUUUAUCCCUUUCUGCAGGAGGAGAGAGAGGAAAGGGAGCAGAUCGUUGAAAACUUUGAGGUGCAGGAGCAUUCAGUCCUCUGUCAGGGAAAGAAACGCUGCAUCUCACUAACCCCUUGUGCCAUCAGACUGUGGCAGUGUCACUCUGGGUUGAAAAUUGCUUCCCCACAAUAUCAAAGCAGUGGAUGAAAGGCAAUCUCAAAGACAGGAGCAUCUUCUUAAGUCAUAAUUGAGUAACAAACAAAAAUUGGAAAAUGAAAUUACCAUGAAGCUCGUUAUUCUUAGAUUUAUAGGUCAACGUGCAUUGACCUCCACGGGACGGCGUGGAGCAAAGAUUUUAUAGUCAAGAGUGGGGUAGACCCACUGUCACCCCAUGAAGCCAACUGUGCCUGCUGCUCGAUAAAGGAGGUUUGUGGCUUCGUUGUAGCUUUAUUUGUGCCACCAACUAGAUAAAAUUACAACAUGAUUCAUUAUUCCCUUUAAAGAUUUGUGACCUUGUUGAGCUGUCUUCAGAAAAAAAUGCACCUGACAACUUCAGAAGUUGUCAUGCCUAAAGUCUAAAUACAUAAGGAUCCAGCCUUUAAAAAGCAUUUGUUCCCCCUAACCUAUAACCCCAGCAUCUGCUUUCUUUGGAGAAACAUCUUAGCCUUUCAGGGGGAUAGAUCUGCAGAGUUUGGAUAGGAAUGUGUGUCUAUAAAAUUCCCAUAGGCAUUGAACUCAGAAAAUCCACAAUGAACCGCCUUCAAAAUUGGUGCUAAAUUGGGUAGACACCCUACUGCUUUCUGAGUCCAGGAGCAACAAAAAGUCCAGAUUUAGUGCAAUUAGGUGGGAGGGAGUUGGAUCCAGAAACAGCCACAGGAGUCUUUCUCUGCACACCCAGUUCUCAACCGACUUAGUUGGAAAGGAUGCCACAAUGAGACCAGAAAGAGGAGUCUCCAUAAAGUAUCCCUACAAAGUCACCUCUCUGGAAAAAAAAAAAAAAAAAAAAGAGAAUAAAAGGUAGAUAUCUAAAAUAAGCCUAGAAUCUCAUAUGCAGCUACUACUUCUAAGGGAAACUCUCUUCUCCCUCAUGUCCUUAAAUAGUAAUAGAAUCACACAGCGCCUGACUUUUAAAGAUGGGCUUAACUCCCCAGCCUGGAGUGCCGAGUGAACUAACCCCAAAGACUGGCUCCUGACUCAGCUCUGAGAGAGUGUGCUCUUCCCUCUGUGCUGACAGCCGCGCUGUUUACUACUGGAACAUAAAAACAAGCCCUACUGUUUAUACAGUCACUUCUCCUAGUGUUUUCCUGUGCUUUUAUGACACCAAGUCUGUUCAUAAGUUCUGAAGAUAAAUUAUGUGAGAUCCUAUUUUGGCAUAUGGGGGUGGAGAAUGAAUUCUUUACAGACUUUUUAGGAUGAUCCCAUUUGUACCACAGAAAACAUUUUGGAUGUUGUUAUAUAUGAAUAUAUAAAUUUUUCUUGUUUUAUUUUGCAUUAAAAUAAAGCUUUAUUCAGUCAGUAAGACA